AUGAAGUUCUUCGAUGUUGCCGUCACAUUCACAGCAGACCAAUUCCAAGGCAUCUACCGAGGAAAGCAAUAUCACGAACCAGACUUUGCAGAAGUCCUGAAAAGAGCCCGAGAAAAUGGAUGCGAAAAGAUCAUGCUCACCACGAUGACUCUGGAAGGUGCAAAACAAAACCUACAGGCAGUGAGGGAGUUCCCCACGAUGUGUAAAAUGACCUUAGGCGUGCAUCCAUACCAUGCCGCCGAGAUCUAUGACCAGCCAGAAUCGCAAUAUCUCAACGAGCUGCGUGAACUGGGUGAAACCCUUCUAGCUGAGAACCCCUCGCCUCUAGCUGCGUUUGGGGAGAUCGGGUUGGACUACGAGUACCUGGAUCGGGCCGAUAAGGAAACGCAGCAACGCGCAUUCCGUGAGCAACUAGAGCUGGCUGUGCAAUUCCAAUUACCGCUAUUCUUGCAUGUGCGCGAAUCAGCUGAAGAUUUUAUUUCCAUAAUCAAGCCUUUUCUGCCAAGACUGCCGCGUGGUGGGUUGGUGCAUUCUUUUGCGGGGACGAAGGGGGAGAUGCUCCAGCUCGUGGAACUGGGUCUUGAGAUUAGUGUCAACGGCGUGUCGUUCCGGACGGAUGAACAGUUGGAAAUGGUUAGAAAUAUUCCAUUGGAUAAGCUGCAACUGGAGACUGAUGCUCCGUGGUGCGAGGUCUUGUCUAAUGACCCCAAAAUCGCGGCUUACCUGGAAACUGCGAGGCCUUUGCCUGCGAGUCGGAAACAUAACAAGUUUAUACUGGGGCAAAUGGUCAAAACACGCAAUGAAAGUUGUUCUAUAGAGCGAGUUGGAUUAGUUGUGGCGGGGUUGAAGGGUGUCACUAUGAAAGAAGUGGUGGAAGCUGCUUGGAAUAAUAGUAGUCGGAUGUUUUGGUUGUGA